CCCACCUCCAUCCUCCCCGAGGGUUUAAAUGUUGGUGUCCCCCACCUCUGACGCUCCCACCUCUCAGGGACACGGCAGCAUGAAGGCGGUGGCCGCCCUCCUCCUGGUGGGGAUGCUCAUCCUCUGGGCAGAGCUGCCAACAGGCAGCGCCUGGUCCUGCCCGCCCGUCCGCUUCACCUGCGCUCUGCACAACCCCCCGAACAAGUGCUUUACCGACCGGCACUGCCCCCGCGGCAAGAAGUGCUGCCGCACCUUCUGCGGGAGGAAAUGCAUCUCCAAGCCGCCCCGCGUCCCCAUCUCCUACGUGUGAGCUCCGGCUCCCAGGAUGGACUGAGGGUCAUCUCAGCGUUCCCAUCCCAUCUCGGCUCCAGGAUCACUUCGUGACAGCUGUCACACAGUGUUAUGUGCCACCCACUUCCCCUCUCCCUCUGCUUCCCYGCUGCUGCUUUAACAAAUAAAAGAGGCUUUU